AGAGACGAAUGGGUGGAGCGACGAAUGUGCGGAGUAGCUUAUCGAAAUGUGACAGUAGAAAUGGCAGAGACAGAGGCUCUCCCUCACUGUCUGCCUGCUGAAUCCUGGCUCUAUUGCUGAGGUGAGCAAUGAACACAGCCUGGUUCACUGAGGGAGGAGCCUUAUACGACAUCCAGAGUGUCCAACCUGCAGCAGAGGACCCGUCUCAGUCCCGUCCAACACCGUCCUGUAUCAUCCCCAUGAAGGCCGAGCUUCUGUUUCUCUUCCUGACUUUUGGGGUCCUCCCAUCAGUCUGUGGUGGAAACCUAAUCAUCCCUGCUGUGGUUGGAGGUGAUGUCACUCUGCCCUGUAAGGCUGAUAGGAACCAGCCUCUGGAUGUGGUGGAGUGGAGCAGACCUGGUACCAUCACAGAGUUUGUUCUCAUCUUCAGAACUCAACACCCAGAAGUCUUAGAAGUCCAGAAAAAAAGCUACGAGGGUCGAGUAGAGCUGAAGGACAGAGAGACAGGAGACAUGUCUUUGGUUCUGAGGAACGUCACGGCCGAAGACGGAGGAACGUAUGAGUGUUAUGUUCUGAGAGAAAGAAGCCGCAGGAAGAGAGCUGAGCCUCAACCAAUCAGCAACCGUCCACCUGCAUGUAGCUCCGCCUCCUCCUCCUCCAGGUGA